AUGCACUUCCCCAGCGAACACGACCAAACCCUCAAGAUCCAAGACCAGCGUUGUCAGGACCAGGACGAGGCCAUCCUCACAACCGUUCUACUAGGACUCACCUCCCUCGCCUCUGCCGGCUUUAUUGGCGGCGGGUAUGGCGGUGGCUACGGCAGUGGCUUGGGUGCAGGAUACGGUGGCGGCCUUGGAGCUGGCGUUGGCGCUGGCCUCAGCGGUGGCCAUGGCGGUGGCUUCGGCGCAGGUGGUAGCGGCGGCGGGUUUGGUGCCGGCUAUGGCGGUGGUCUCGGUGGUGGCGCCGGUGGCGCUGGUGUCACUGUGGCGGCUGUUCCUGUUGCUGUCGCUACUCCCGUUGUUGCGGCCAGGCCCGCUGUCGCCGCACCUGGUCGCUCCACCACAUCCUACGGCACCAGCACAACUACCGUGACCACCUUGCACGGUGGAGGAGGAGCUGGUGGAUUCGGGGGCGCUGGUCUCGGUUACGGCUCUGGCAGCCUCGGCUACGGAGGUGCCGGUCUCGGAUCCGGAGGAGCCGGAUACGGACUUGGGGGAGCCGGUCUCGGAUCUGGAGCUGGUUUUAGCGUUGCUGCAGUACCAACCGUCGCAGUUGCUCGUCCCACUGUUACAGUGGCCGUUGCCCGUCCUAUCAACGUUGCUGUUCCGACCGUGGUUGUUGGUGGUGGUCUUGGUGGCAACCUCGGCGGAGGUCUUGGUGCUGGUUUCGGUGCAGGUCAUGGUGCAGGCUUUGGCAGUGGUCUGGGUGGCGGACACGGUGGCCUUGUGGGUGUCAGUCUUUUCGGUGGUCUCGGUGGCGGCUAUGGCAGCGGCUAUGGCGGCGGCUACGGCGGCGGCUACGGUGGCGGUUACGGCGGCGGCUACGGCGGCGGAUACAGUGGCGGCCUCGGAAAGCAUGGCGUCAGCUAUAGCUACGCAUCAAAGUGGUGGUAA